AUGGCUCCGCCGAAGCCUAUUCUCCCUCCUCUCAAGACACCAAAGACCAUGACCUUUCCGUCUGAGCUACACGACAGUCCUCUCACUGCCUGUUCGGAUUCCGUAAUAAAACGCGAAGAUGAUGUUCCGGGGAGUGCGACAGGGAGCGGGACACCAAUUACCCCUCCUCUUUCCUAUACGCAGUUCCUCAAGGCCCUUACCCCGGUCUUUACCAGCCCAGUGAGUGCUGGUGUUGAAUUCACAAAGUUCAAAAUUGAGAAGCGACGCCCUUCUCCGAUAUCGAUGCCCUCCAGCGCAACAAGCACACCUGCGUCUGCUCGCGAGGGUCCCAAAACUGCCAGUGCUGCCAUACCAGCACCUUCUCCAGCUUCAAGUGCCAGCCCGCAAUCAGCAACACUUCCCACGACUUUACGACGUCUUCGUAUUCCUCCCUCCUGUGCCUACUCGCCUGUUACGGAUUCUCCGCAAAGCGCACGGACAAUUCGAUCCCCAUUCUCGCCAUCGGACUGGAAGAUCCGAUACAUCGAAAGUCCCCGAAGUGCGGGCGGAAAGUCCGUCAGUGUGAGACAGGUUGUGACCAGAACAGUGACAUAUAAGCCUACUUACUUGGACCCUCCACCUAAGAGGAAGAGACGAAAGACGAGCGAGAGCCGAGACGCCUAG